AUGAACAAACAAGAAAGUCAACAGGAAGCUUUUAGAAAUAUUCAUGACAUUUUAAAAACUAUUCCUAAUAACAAUAAAAAUGAAUACAUAGUUCGAAUUGAAGAAAUAAUUCAAAACUUGGUCGAAAGAUCAGUUAUUGAUAUCAGUGUUCCACGUAUAGAUCCUGCAUUAUUAUUUGAUUCUCCUACUAUAGAUGAUUCGAAUAUAAAUGUUGAAAAUGAGCCUGGCAGGAAGUCAGAAUGGGGUCUAGAUGACUGUAUGACUCAUUAUAUGGAACCGAAGAUUGCAAAUUUUUAUCUUGCCAAACAUGCAACAGAGAUAAUACCAGAUAAUGAAGAUGGUAAUAUCUCGGAUUAUAUCUUGAGAAUUAUUAAUUGGUAUGCACCUGAAAUGAUGCAAAACAAUGCCAUAUAUACACAAGGAUGUGAAGUUUUCAGCUACGUAAUGCUUUUAUGGGAACUAGCUUUUCAAAAGAUUCCCUAUGAAAAAAUGAGUAAAGAAGAAAUUGUUGCUCAUGUUACAAAUGGUCGUAGAGAAUCAUCCCCUGAUCCACGUUUUUAUGUAUUGGAAUUUCUUAACAUUCAAAGAAAAUACUUAAGAAUCAUUGUAGAAGGAUGGGAUAACAAACCAGAAAAAAGGAUUAGGAUGGAUGAAAUUCUAUUGAGAUUUUCGGAUAUUGAAGCUGACCUUAAUAAACUUGAGAAAAUUGAUUCGGGUUCUGUCUGUUCAACACCGGAUGGAUCUAUUCCCCAUCACAGGCGGCAUUCAAUUCUAGUACCGAAUUUGGAAAGUGUAGAUAAUGUAUAUAUUCCAUAUAACAUGAAAAAAUCAUUAGAAAUCGACAGCGGUAGCGAUAACGAAACAUCCGAUAAACCUUUGAAUUCAAUAAAAACUGAAACGAUCAAGGAACCAAAUGAAACUUUAGAUUUAAUGGAAACAAACGAUGUAAAUGGAACUAGACAAUCAAGACAAUCAAGACCGUCGAGUAUGUUAGAAAUUCCAGAUUUGAGAAUAUCGUUCGACGAUGCUAAAUCAAGACCGUCGAGUAUGUCAUUCGAAGAUGUAAUUAGAUCAAGACCGUCAACUAUGUCUUUCGACGAUGUAUAUGAAACUAAACCAAGACAGUCGAAUAUAUCAAUUAAAUCAUCAGAUUACAUAUCAGAUGAGGGUGAACCAUCAGACAUCUGCGAAAAAGCCGAUAAUGAUCCAAUACCAUCAGAGACACCAAGUUCACAAAAUUUACAAAAUUUACAAGAUGUACCAAGCUCAAUUAGUAAAGAAUUAACUCAUGGUUUGAUUAUCAACACAGAGAAAAAAUUACUGACUGCAGCUCCAACAUGUGCCUUUACGUCAAAACCAAGAAUGAAAGUUUUAGAUACUAUAAAAUUUCAAGCAAAAUUAAUACAUUCAUCAACCUUUUUAUUAGAGAAUCAUAUCGAAUCAACUAAGUUGGAUCUUAAUUGGAUAUCUGAUGCUGACUAUCUAAAUAACAUAUCGCAAGUGGAUUCUGUUUAUUUAGAAAUAAAAUAUCCAAAAGCUGAAAUCAGUUUUGAGAAAGGUUCCAUAAAACCAUCCAAAGAGUUUACUGGUGCUAUUCAAAAUGCUCUAGAUCAUAAAAAUCCAUAUCGAGAAUUGAUAAAAGUAUUCGAAAAAUUUGGACAUUUCUUACCUAGUAAAGUUAUACUUGGUGAUAAAUUAUAUUCAAUAUCGAAAUUACCAAGUGUAAAUAUAAAAUCAACAGACCCAAAACCAAUCAAUAAAGAAUUUGAAACUAUCGAUGAUUUUUCACCAGAGUGUACUGAUUACAAUAAUAUUAUUAUUCAAUGGGAAAACUGCAUAAAAUCUCAUAACAUUGACUCGUCAUCAUUAACAUCAAUGGAUGGUAAUGCGGUUAAGAGAGUUAUGAUUAAAGAAUGGGCAACUUCUUGUAUAAAAAGGAGUUAUGAUUCAUUAAACAUUAUCGGUUGGGAAGGUUUAUAUCCUUUAUAUGAAAUAUUAAAUUCAUAUUUAUGUCAAGAAGUCAAAUUAUGUCUCGGAAAUGAUGAACAAUCGAUCAGUAGCGGAGUUAAAGAGAAAGUUCUUAAAUCAGGUGUAAUAUCAAUUAAAAGUUCACAAUUUAAAUAUCGUGUGAACUUUGAUUCUUCUUUGGAAUCAACAAAUUAUCAAAUUUUCGGUAAAGUCUUGAAACAGGAUGAUACUCAAUAUGAAAAU